AUGAGCAACAACAAUGCUCCGACAGACAUCGCCGACCUGCAAUAUGUGCAGUACCAAGGCUCCAAGGAAGCGACCUACCUACCCGCCAUCCGCCAGCUGAUCUCCAAGGACCUCUCCGAGCCCUAUAGCAUCUAUGUCUACCGCUACUUUCUCUACCAAUGGGGAGAGCUAUGCUAUAUGGCCCUCGACUCCACCAGCCUCAUCGGCGUCGUCGUAUGCAAGCUCGAACACCACCGUAGCGGUACCUUUCGCGGAUAUAUAGCAAUGCUGGCAGUACAAGAAACGCACAGGGGAAAGGGAAUAGCCACGAAGCUCGUGAGCAUGGCGAUUGACGCAAUGACCGCCCGAGAUGCGGACGAGAUCGUCCUCGAAACCGAAGUCACGAACACGGCCUCCCUAAAGCUCUACGAGCGCCUCGGCUUCCUACGCAGCAAGCGCUUGCAUCGCUACUACCUGAACGGCAACACGGCUUUCCGCCUGAUCCUCUACCUGAAACCCGGCACAGCAACGAAAGGCGCACAGCAACUAGGUGAUUCUGGAGAAAUGCUGCCGCAACAGCAGCAUUUGGAGCCUGGGUAUGGCCCUAGUGUCACGCCAGUAUGA